GCUCCGGUCCCGGCGGCAGAAAUAGGGCAGCCGCCGCGGCGGUGGCACAGCGGCAGGCAGCAGCGGCUCAGAAGCUGGAGCCUCUACAACCUCCAGGGCGCCCGGGACCCGCCAGCAGCCAGAGAGACAGACCGAAGGACGCGGAGCCGAGUCGCCCCGAGGCUCCCUCCCGCUGGAGUCCGGUCACCUGGUCUUUCCUUUGGCCCCAGCCGCUUCAGACUCAACAAAAUGAAGCCAGGACACGUUUGGCUGCAUCUCGCACUGCUUGGGGCCUCCCUGCUGGCCGCGCUGGGGCGGACAGACCCGGGAGCCGGCCGAGGCCUGGACGUGGGUGUGGAGGAGUCACAGGCAGAGGAAUUCAGAAGCUUUGAAGUCACAAGAAGAAAAGGGCUCUCCGCCCACGAAGGGCUGCCGGCCUCCUGCGGAAAGACGCUGUGCGGCCGCGGAAGCAGGUGCGCGCUCAGCAGGGAGACGGGGGAGCCCGAGUGCCGGUGCCUGGAGGCCUGCAAACCCAGCUACCUGCCCGUGUGUGGCUCCAACGGGAGGUUUUAUGAAAACCACUGUGAGCUCCACCGUGCCGCUUGCCUGCUGGGGAAGAAGAUCGUCAUCGUCCACAGCAAGGACUGUUUCCUUAGAGGGGACCCGUGCACCAUGGCCGACUACGCCCGCCUGAAGAACGUCCUCCUGGCCCUUCAGACCCACCUGCAGCCACUCCAAGAAGGAAGCAGCAGACAAGACCCUGCCUCUCAGAAGCGCCUCCUAGUGGAAUCUCUGUUUAAAGGCUUGGAUGCAGAUGGUGAUGGCCACCUCGGCAGCUCUGAACUGGCUCGGCACGUGCUGAAGGAGCAGGACCUGCAGGAGAGCUUCCUGGGAUGCUCACCAAGCGACCUCCUUCGAUUUGAUGAUUACAACAGUGACGGCUGGCUGACCCUCCGGGAGUUCUACACGGCCUUCCAGGUGGUGCAGCUCAGCCUCGCCCCCAAGGAGGAGGUCAGUGUGGCCACGGUGACCGUGGGGCUGAGCACAGUGCUGACGUGUGCCGUCCGCGGAGACCUGCGACCGCCCAUCAUCUGGAAGCGCAACGGGCUCGCCCUGAACUUCCUGGAUUUGGAAGACAUCAACGACUUCGGAGAGGACGACUCCCUCUACAUCACCAAGGUGACCACCAUCCACAUGGGCAACUACACCUGCCACGCCUCCGGCCACGAGGAGCUGUUCCAGACCCACGUCCUGCAGGUGAAUGUGCCACCGGUCAUCCGCGUCUACCCAGAGACCCAGGCACAGGAGCCGGGGGUGGCAGCCAGUCUGAGAUGCCACGCAGAGGGUAUUCCCAUGCCCAGAAUCACUUGGCUGAAAAAUGGCAUGGAUGUCUCAACCCAGAUGUCUAAACAGCUCUCCCUUUUAGCCAAUGGGAGCGAGCUCCACAUCGGCAGCGUUCGCUAUGAAGACACAGGGGCGUACACCUGCAUUGCCAAAAAUGAAGUGGGCGUGGACGAAGAUAUCUCCUCACUCUUCAUUGAAGACUCGGCUAGAAAGACCCUAGCAAACAUUCUCUGGCGCGAGGAAGGUCUCAGUGUGGGAAAUAUGUUCUAUGUCUUCUCCGAUGACGGCAUUGUCAUCCUGCACCCCGUGGACUGUGAGAUCCAGAGGCACCUCAAACCCACUGAGAAGAUCUUCACGAGCUACGAAGAAAUCUGUCCUCAAGAGGAAGGAGAUGCCACCCAGCCAUGCCAGUGGGCAUCAGCAGUGAACGUCAGGCACCGGUACAUCUAUGUGGCCCAGCCAGCACUGAGCAGAGUCCUCGUGGUCGACGUCCAAGCCCAGAAAGUUCUGCAGUCCAUAGGUGUGGACCCUCUGCCGGCUAAGCUGUCCUAUGACAAGUCACAUGACCAAGUGUGGGUCCUCAGCUGGGGAGAUGUGUACAAGUCCCAGCCAAGCCUCCAGGUAAUCACAGAAGCCAGCACCGGCCAGGGCCAGCACCUCAUCCGUACACCCUUUACAGGAGUGGACGACUUCUUCAUUCCCCCAACAAACCUCAUCAUCAACCACAACAGGUUCGGCUUCAUCUUCAACAAGUCUGUCCCUGCAGUUCACAAAGUCGACCUGGAAACGCUGAUGCCCCUGAAGACCAUCGGGCUACAGCGGCACCGCUGCCUGCCGCAGGCCCUGGCCCACACCCACCUGGGCGGCUACUUCUUCGUCCAGUGCCGACAGGACCGCGCCCCUGCUGCUGCGCCACAGCUGCUGAUCGACAGCGUCACGGACUCCGUGGUCGGCCCCAACGGCGACGUCACCGGCACCCCGCACACGUCCCCCGACGGACGCUUUGUCGUCAGCACUGCUGCCACCAGCCCCCAGCUGCACGUGCAGGAGGUCACGCUGCAGGGGGAGAUCCGGACCCUCUACGACCUGAAAAUAAGCCAGGGCAUCUCGGACGUGGCGUUCCAGCGUUCCUUCACCCACAGCAACCAGUACUACGUCUACGCCACGCUGGAGACAGAGCCCGACCUGCUGUUCCUGGAGCUGUCCACCGGGAGCACGGGCGUGCUGAAGAACUUCAAGGAGCCGCCCCUGGGGCCAGCCCAGUCCUGGGGGGGGCCCCGCAGGAUCGUGAGGGACAGCGGGCUGUUCGGACAGUACCUCCUCAUGCCAGCCCGGGAGUCACUGUUUCUCAUCAACGGGCGACAACACACACUGCAGUGCGAGGUGUCAGGCGUAAAGCGGGGGACCACAGUGGUGUGGGUGGGCGAGGUAUGA